AUGCAAUUAGGACAUCCAUUGACAUUAUCUGAAAAAAUAGUCUACGGACAUUUGGACGAUCCCGUGAAUCAAGAAAUAAUUCGUGGUAAAUCAUAUCUGAACCUUCGACCUGAUCGUGUUGCAUGUCAAGAUGCAACCGCUCAAAUGGUACUGCUGCAGUUUAUAUCAGCUGGUAUACCAAAAGUCGCUGUGCCUAUGUCUGUUCAUUGUGAUCACUUGAUUGAAGCACAAGUUGGGGGUGAUAAAGAUUUAGCACGUGACAAAGAUGUCAAUAAGGAAGUAUAUGACUUUAUGGCAACUGGUUCGGCGAAAUACGAUAUUGGGUUUUGGCGUCCUGGUUCAGGGAUCAUUCAUCAGAUUAUUUUGGAAAAUUAUGCUUUUCCUGGUGGUCUUAUGAUUGGUACCGAUUCUCAUACCGUGAAUGCUGGUGGUCUGGGGAUGGUAGCGGUUGGUGUUGGCGGUGCUGAUGCUGUAGAUGUUAUGGCAGAUAUUCCAUGGGAAUUGAAAUGUCCUAAUAUCUUUGGUGUUAAAUUGAUCGGAAAAUUGAACGGCUGGACUACACCAAAAGAUGUAAUACUCAAAUUAACCGGAAUUUUAACAGUAAAAGGUGGCACUGGAUCUAUUAUUGAAUAUUUUGGACCUGGUGUAGAAUCUUUAUCUUGUACUGGUAUGGCUACAAUUUGUAAUAUGGGUGCAGAAAUGGGUGCUACAACUUCGAUAUUUCCUUUCAAUAAUCGUAUGGGUGAUUUUCUUCGGGCGACAAGACGAGGCGAAAUCGCUGCAUAUGCUGAGAGUUUUGCUCAUAAUCUGCGUGCUGACGAAGGAGCUCAUUAUGACCAAAUCAUCGAGAUUAAUUUAUCAGAAUUAGAACCACAUAUUAACGGUCCCUUUACACCCGAUCUCGCAACUCCUCUAAGCAAAUUUAAAGAUGCAGUCGAGGCGAAUAAUUGGCCACCAGAAAUUAAGGUGGGUUUGAUUGGUUCAUGUACAAAUUCAUCGUAUGAAGAUAUGAGUCGUUCUGCUUCAAUCGCCAAAGAAGCUCUUGAUCAUGGAUUGAAAGCGAAAUCUCUAUUCACAAUUACACCUGGAUCUGAACAAAUUCGCGCUACAAUUGCACGUGAUGGUCAUGAGGAAAUUCUAAAGAGUGUAGGGGGUCUUGUUUUAGCCAACGCAUGCGGUCCCUGUAUCGGACAAUGGGAUCGCCAAGAUGUGCAAAAAGGAGAAAAAAAUACUAUCAUAUCAUCAUAUAAUCGUAAUUUCACUGGUCGUAACGAUGCAAAUCCCGCAACACAUGCUUUUGUCGCAUCACCUGAUCUUGUAACAGCGAUGGUUUUCGCUGGUGACCUUCGAUUUAAUCCAGUCACUGAUGUUCUUAUGGACGCUGACGGAAAACCUUUUCGAUUUACUGAACCUAGUGGAGCAGAAUUACCACCACGUGGCUAUGAUCCUGGAGAGGACACCUAUCAAGCACCACCAGAAGAUCGCUCAAGUGUAAAGGUGGUCAUUAGCCCUGAUAGUAGUCGUCUUCAAUUUCUAGAGCCAUUUUCAAAAUGGGAUGGAAAAGAUGCUGAAAAAUUGCCAAUUUUAAUAAAAGUCAAAGGAAAAUGUACUACAGAUCACAUUUCCAUGGCUGGUCCCUGGCUCAAAUUCCGCGGUCAUUUAGAUAAUUUAUCAAAUAAUAUGUUAAUUGGAGCUGUUAAUGCCGAGAAUAACGCUGUUAAUAAAGUCAAGAACAUUUUCACUAAUGAAUACGAUGCUGUACCGUCUGUUGCUCGGCAUUACAAAGCAAAUGGAAUUCGUUGGGUGGUUAUAGGUGAUGAGAAUUAUGGUGAAGGAUCCGCUCGUGAACAGGCAGCAGUCGAAAUACGCUAUUUGGGAGGCAUUGCGGUCAUAGUAAAAUCAUUUGCACGUAUCCACGAGACGAAUCUCAAAAAGCAAGGUCUUUUACCACUUACUUUUGCAAAUCCGUCCGAUUAUGAUAAAGUAGAUCCAUCAGAUAAAGUUUCCAUAUUUGGUUUAACCUCUUUCACCCCUGGAAAACAAUUGACUUUGAGACUUCACAAAGAAUCCGGUGAAAUAGUGGAUAUUCUCGUUAAUCAUUCUUUUAAUCAAAAUCAAAUUGAAUAUUUUAAGGCAGGUUCAGCUUUGAAUCGAAUCGCUGAAAACGUCAAAUCAUCAUGA